UACUAGCAUUUCUGAGCUAAGAUCUACUCUGAAAGCUCUCGGCAGUUGCACUUUUGGUUUAUAUAUCAAACAGAGAGUGGAAACUGUUGUGUAUGAUCAGUAAAGUCAGUUUCUGAGUGAGUGUCGUAUCAAAAGCUUUCAAAGUUAAACAGAAACCAGGAGAAACUGCAAAAGCUGCAGGUCUGCAUCUGUUUUGACAUUUGGGGGCUGAGAAAAGUGGCUGUGAAAUACUUCCAGAUGGAUGAUUUUGAGGAUUCUAUUGCACAUGUAUUUAUUACUGAGAGCACCACAUAGUGAAUGCUCCUUAUUCCUACCUGUACCCUGUCUUCAUGCUGAGCUUCAUUUUAUCAGCACCACAAGCAAUUAUAUUCAAGAGGCAUUUGAGAAAGAACGUGACCAGUGUCAUAUGUGACUUACUCACCACAGGACAAAGUUUCUUCCAAAAUCAGAAUAGAUGACAUAGAAACUGAAACCUACGUAAAAGUGAAGCCCAAAGGAAAUGUCAUUUGUAGUUUUUACCUCAGGACAAUCUGGUCAGCAAGAAGCUUUAGAGGAAUAAUGUUAUGCAGCCUUGCAAGCAAUAAUCUUACUUAGAUGAACACAAAGUAAACAAGAUACUGUGAAGAUCAAAAUAAUGCUGUACAAGAAAGCAAGGGGAUGCAAAAGAACAAGACAAGUAAAUGUUAAGUUUGCAGCUUCUCCAGUAUUUUUUAAUUGUUACCUAUCUAGGAAAUUUGACGAUAGCUGGAAAUUCCAUUGGUAACAUAAACUUCUCAUUAGAGUUCACAUCUGUGCUAAAUGAAAAUAAACAUGACGACGGACAGCUCUACCUGUUACAACGAUACCGACGUUAGGCAUUACUACACAAUUACAUACACUUUGAUUCUGGUCCCUGGAUUAAUAGGGAAUGUUUUAGCUCUGUGGGUCUUUUAUGGCUACAUGAAAGAAACUAAAAGGGCUGUGAUAUUUAUGAUCAAUCUAGCCAUUGCUGACUUAGCACAAGUUUUAUCCCUGCCUCUAAGGAUUUUCUACUACUUGUCUGGAACAUGGCACUUCGGAGACGGUCUCUGUAUAUUUUGUUUCUAUCUUAAGUAUGUAAAUAUGUAUGCAAGCAUCUACUUCUUGGUUUGCAUCAGUGUAAGACGAUUUUUGUUUCUUAUGCACCCCUUCAAGUUCAGUGACUGCAAACGUAUAUAUGAUGUGUACAUCAGUAUCGCCGGGUGGAUUGUAGUCUGCAUUGGCUGUUUGCCUUUUCCUCUUCUAAGAUUUAAUUCUAGUGAGAUGAAUAACAGUGAUAGGUGCUUUGCAGAUCUUCCCAUAAAGGACAUUGACCUCUCCAACUCCAUUGUGAUGAUGACCAUAGGUGAGCUGAUUGGAUUUGUAACUCCUCUGCUGAUAAUUCUGUAUUGCUCAUGGAAGACUAUCCUAUCAUUAAAAGAAAAGAACUCCAUUUCCCAUGACUUUGGAGAGAAAAAAAAGGCUUUAAAGAUGAUCCUCACCUGUGCUGUGGUAUUUCUGAUUUGUUUUGCACCUUAUCAUAUCAGUUUUCCUUUAGAUUUCCUUGUUAAAUCAAGACGGAUACACAACCAACAUGCCCGAAAUGUGAUUUCAAUAUUUCAUGCAGUGGCUUUGUGUCUUGCCAGUUUGAAUUCCUGUGUAGACCCAGUCAUAUACUACUUCACUACAGAUGAGUUCAGAAGACGACUUUCAAGACAAGAUUUGCAAGACAGUAUUCAGUUACACAACAGAGGUUAUGUGAAAAAGCAUUCCAGAACUGUGUAGUAAGGUAAAGUGGUGGAAUAUUAAUAUUGCACUUUCUGAAAUGAUUAAAAGGAUGUUCAACAUCAUAGUCAUGUGGCCCAGCAUAUUGGGGAAAAUUCUGAAACCCUUUCUCAGGCAAACAUCUGUUGAUUUCAAUGAGCACUGGACUGAUUAAAAAACACAAAGGACUUGAGGAUUUGACCUUUUCUUGCAAACUUUUUGUGAAUAUUAAAUUUAAACAACAUGUUAUGUAUAUUAUAAAAAAAGAAUUGAUAUAGUACCCAAUCCAGAACUAGCCAAGCCAGAAUAAAAUAGUUUUGUUCAUGUGAAACUGAUGAGUGUGAGGUUGGGAUUUCACUUGUUGAAUGGAUGUAAGGGCCAGGACAUUAAUUCUGCAUUCGGCUAUUGCUGUGUAUAGAACAGGGAGCAUGAAGGAUGUCACCUGCCACUACCCUCCUAUAUCAGCUUUCAGCCACGGGAUACACAAUAUACAUUGUCCCCCUGGUCACAGCCACAACGUGUUCACUUCUAUAACUCUGCAAUGCUUUGCAGAGGCCCUCAGGAGAGAUCUCAUGUAUGUCCACACGCCCUUCUGAGAAAAUUCUCUGCUCCUUUGGCCAACAGUGCAAAAGAAAUGCAUCAUCUGCAUCUUAACUGAGAAGGCUCAGUAUUUGGCUCAUGGUUAGGAGGCCGCUAAUCCCCCAAACUACACCUAGGUUAGACAAGCGUGGUAGGGCCCCCACCAGCAAAAACCAAUUGGCUACAACGCACAAAUAGACCUAGCUGAGGAGAAGCCACACAGUACAGUUUUGGUGGAUUAUGUAAAGAGGAGAAAGUAAUAUGUUGGAGGCAUGGCCUGUGAGGCCCUGUGUAGUGCAAAUUUGGUGCAGAUUAGGUGCAACAGUCUACAUCCAGUACCCAUCUCCAUACCUUUCUGUAAUAUCUGCUACCCUGCCACAUGCUGGUGACUGCUGGACAGAGUUGAGCAUGGCCCAGCAAAGCUCUUUGAUUUGGAUUUUGCUAUGUGGCCUGGAUUUGACCCUAAAAUGAGAAGCAUUUGGCAAGAUAUUCUUUAUUUUUGUGAUGAACACUGGAUUCAGAAACUUCGUCAAAACUUUUAAUUGAGUAAAACUUUCUUCAUGUUGAGCCAAUCCCUGAUGUUGUUGGGCUCUUUAUUCAGACAAUAUUCCCUUUGAUUUAAGAGAAUUUUCACUAAAUAAGGACUUCCAGAUUUGGCCCCUUACUAAAACAGUAAUGAUUAGUUAAUUUGUAUAGAGGGCCAAGAGUCUGCUUAAUGCAAUACUAACCAUAUGGAGAGGAAGAGGAAGUUCUUGCCUCAACAAGUUUAUAAUUUAAAUAUUAAUUAACAUCUACUCAAAAAUAUGAGGCAAUCAUGUUAUAUAUUCCAUCGCCUUGGCUCUAAGAUAUGGUUGGGUUAAUCUAUUAAGAAAAAACUAAGGCCUGACUUGUAAUUUUGCUCUUUCUAUAAUCAAAAGUACUAAAAUGUCCAGAAAGCUUCCCCCCUCCCCGCCCCACUGUCUGUUUCUGGCUCAGAGAUGGAAAUGCCAAAAUAUUACGAGAAAGAUUUCACUGCUAAUUUUGCAGACUUUAGUAAACUUCCAGUAAAAGGCUUCACACUUGAGGAUAUUUAUACCAAACCAAAUGUCAAACAAAUCUUUUAAGGCUCACCCCUUGCUGAAGGUGCGGUGUGAAAUGAUUUCUUACUUACAACUGACUUUUUGUGACUAUAAUAUCUACCUUCUGUGUCGUCAGCCAUAUUGCAGGUGCAUUUUCCAAAAUGUUCAAUGGGAGUCCAGGUUUACGAGCCCACUGUUCAUUUCAUGAUUGAUUUGAGAAGAUGCUCUCUGGAAUUCUAAAAAUGCCAAACUCUAGCCAAGUGAAAACCAAUGAAAGCUUCAUCUCUGACUUCAAAAGGGCUAAGAUAUGGCCAGAAGAGUCUAAACUCUCUGAAUUUUGUUGGUUUACAUUUUGUUAUUAAAAGUAAACUACUUUAAAUGAAAGUGUUAAUUUAAUGCAGAUUAAUGUAACUAGAAGCAAAGAUAUUAUAUAAUAGCCUUGAACAGAUUCUUACAAUGAUGGGUCAACCCUGUUUUUUGUUUUGUUCAAGCAAUUUAUUUAAUACUAAAUAUCAAAACCCUGGGACUGCUGUUUGAACUUAAUCCUGCAUUUCACUGGCGCCCUUCUGUGAAAUUUAUUUUGUAGGAAAAUAUUUUUUUAAAAUGUUAAAAAUACUGUGAAAAUGUAGAGUUUUAAUUUAAUGAAAAUGUAGUUUUGCUAGAUAGGGACAUAAUUUAUAAAAUGUUUACUUUUCUUUGAACUGAUUGAUGUGUAAGGACAUAUGGCUUAGUUUAUACACACACGCAAUAAUCCCUUUGUACAUGCAUAAGCAUGAGUAAAUGUGCCUGUGUUUGUAUUUGUGUGAGUAUAUAAUGCUAGACAGGGUAUUUUAUGGAAAUUGUAACUUGUCAUUAGAAAUGGAUAUGCAUAUUCCUGACUGUAUAUAAU